CUCCUUCCCUCCCUCCCUCCCUCCCCCGCUGUCCUGGCCCGCCCUGCCCGGCCCGCCCUGCGAGUCAGUUCGCUGGUUCCCUCCCUCCCUGGGCGCGCUCGGGCCGCCGCCGCGCUCCCCGCCCUCGAGCCUCGGUGCCGGAGCCGCCCGCCGCCGGAGGAGGAGGUGGAGGGAGCCGGAGGGGCCCGCCGAGGCGGCGGCGGCGGCGGCAAGAUGGCGGACUUCCUGCCGUCGCGGUCCGUGCUGUCCGUGUGCUUCCCCGGCUGCCUGCUGACGAGCGGCGAGGCCGAGCAGCAACGCAAGUCCAAGGAGAUCGACAAAUGCCUGUCUCGGGAAAAGACCUAUGUGAAGCGGCUGGUGAAGAUCCUGCUGCUGGGCGCGGGCGAGAGCGGCAAGUCCACCUUCCUGAAGCAGAUGCGGAUCAUCCACGGGCAGGACUUCGACCAGCGCGCGCGCGAGGAGUUCCGCCCCACCAUCUACAGCAACGUGAUCAAAGGUAUGAGGGUGCUGGUUGAUGCUCGAGAGAAGCUUCAUAUUCCCUGGGGAGACAACUCAAACCAACAACAUGGAGAUAAGAUGAUGUCGUUUGAUACCCGGGCCCCCAUGGCAGCCCAAGGAAUGGUGGAAACAAGGGUUUUCUUACAAUAUCUUCCUGCUAUAAGAGCAUUAUGGGCAGACAGCGGCAUACAGAAUGCCUAUGACAGGCGUCGAGAAUUUCAACUGGGUGAAUCUGUAAAAUAUUUCCUGGAUAACUUGGAUAAACUUGGAGAACCAGAUUAUAUUCCAUCACAACAAGAUAUUCUGCUUGCCAGAAGACCCACCAAAGGCAUCCAUGAAUAUGACUUUGAAAUAAAAAAUGUUCCUUUCAAAAUGGUUGAUGUAGGUGGUCAGAGAUCAGAAAGGAAACGUUGGUUUGAAUGUUUCGACAGUGUGACAUCAAUACUUUUCCUUGUUUCCUCAAGUGAAUUUGACCAGGUGCUUAUGGAAGAUCGACUGACCAAUCGCCUUACAGAGUCUCUGAACAUUUUUGAAACAAUUGUCAAUAACCGGGUUUUCAGCAAUGUCUCCAUAAUUCUGUUCUUAAACAAGACAGACUUGCUUGAGGAGAAGGUGCAAAUUGUGAGCAUCAAAGACUAUUUCCUAGAAUUUGAAGGGGAUCCCCACUGCUUAAGAGACGUCCAAAAAUUCCUGGUGGAAUGUUUCCGGAACAAACGCCGAGACCAGCAGCAGAAGCCCUUAUACCACCACUUCACCACUGCUAUCAACACGGAGAACAUCCGCCUUGUUUUCCGUGACGUGAAGGAUACUAUUCUGCAUGACAACCUCAAGCAGCUUAUGCUACAGUGAUGUACAAAAGACUUGCUGUUUUAAUAUCUUUUUGUGUUUUUGAUGUUUUCUGUUUGUUUUGUUUUUUAAAAUAGCAGUUUACAACCAGAAUUAGAACAAUCUUAAUUCUACGUUUAACUUCUUGAAAAUCUUAGUACUUUUUCUGCGGCCUUUGGUUUGUGGCUGAAAGCUGUUGAGUGACACAUCGCCAAGAUUUGCUGUAAUGCAGGCUUUGAUCUGUUUCACCAUGGCUUCUAUUCAAGUCCAGUUAAAACUUCCCAGCUGACCUCAGACUAGGCAUAUUUCAGGCUUUAAAUUAUUCUACUUUUCAAACUGAAUUCUCCUGCAGUGCCAAGUAUCAAAGGUGUCCUUAAAUACUUGUAGGGAUGAGGUUAGGAAUAUUCAGUUCCAAAACAAGAUAUCUUCUGGCUGCCUUACACACAGCAGUGACACUUGUUGCCUAACUUUAUGGUGACCUCCUAUUGUGUAAGGGCUGUUAGAAGUUCGAUCUAAGAAGUGGCAUUCUGUAGACUUAUAGAAGGUUUAGCCUUCAUAUUUUAAUUGCUUGUAUACACAACAGCUGUUUUGCUUUUAGAUUUCUGUGUUUCUGAAGGUAAUGUUCUUCCUGUUUUCAAGUUUACAUAAGGAUCUUUGGUCUGAUGCUGAUGAAGAGUUCACAGGUGGUAUGGGAGAGCAAAAGGCAAGCUAAUGCUGUUUACCGUGUUUUGGCCAAACGUAAUGAGUGAAACAGAAUUUGCCUUUCUCAUAUUUAAUUAUGAUGUAGUUUAAUGUACCAUAUGUGAAACAUUCUGGCCAUAGCAGCAACUAAAAACUGCAAGCAACUUGGUAACAGAACUUUCUAAAUAAACUUAACCUGUUCCAGAAUGUCAUGUAUUUGACUUUUAAGCCCUAUCUCAGUUGGUCAGUAAAGACCAAUCCUUACUGUAGGAAAUCAUUGUUGUAUCAUCACAAACAUCUAUCUUUUGCUGUCCUGUCCAGUCCCAUCAACUCCACGCUGUGGCAUUUGUGGCAUCGUUUUGUUUAUUUGGAGUUUGCUAAGGGCAGUAUUUUUCUGUCAAGAGUAUUCAAGAAGGCAUUAUUUGAGAUUCCUGUUCAUUCUUGGUGUGUCUCUAACAGAUACAGUAUGUAUACAUUUGUAUAAUUGUUGUUGUUGAAAGUCCAGCUUUUUUGAGGUAUAUUUUAAAUGUUUUAAGGAUGCUUCUAAGGAUCAGUAGUAAUUUUUUUAGUUCGCACCUAAAGAUGAUUACAUUGACCUCCCCCCACUGCUUACCAAAUUAAAAUGUGUCCACGAAGUAGCUUUGUGAUCGCAGAUACAUUCAUAGUGAACUCAUCAGAAUGGCUGGUUUGCAGUACCGAAAUACUAUCUUCUAGGCUGUAUGUAGUGCUACAAUUAGAGAAACAGAAGUCCAAGGCUGGCGACAGCUUGAAAAGUCUGACAGCUUUUCUACUUUUCCUGAAAAUUUUAAGACUGUGAUAUCUGUCAUUUUACUGUGUAGCUGACUGUGUACUCAGGUAUUUUAUUGGUCCUUGAAAGAUUGGUCGUUAUGGAUCACCCAGCCUUUCCAAGUCAGUGGCUGUUGUUCUGUCUUGCUGUCUGAUACGAGAGUAGGGCUUUUCAGUGAACUAACCAGGGAUUGUUCUUGACAUACCUGACUUUUCUCACAUUUGAACUUCCACUAUCAUUGUAUCCAUAUAACUUCUAGCGUUUUCAUGCCAUGGUAAUCCAUGAGCUACACAUACGUAGCCUGGCACUGUGAUGCAUGUUCAUGGUAUCAUGCAUGUUCAUGGUGUCAUGGUAUCAUGGUAUCAUUCAUGCAUGUUUGAAUAGUUCUACAUCUAGUGCUUCUUGCCAAAAAGAAUACAUUGUUUAAAUUCACAAAAUUAGCAUAAUUGCAGUGCUAAUGAAUAUCGGAAUAUGUGCACAGUAACAUUUGGACUAUUCAUUGGAGAGUUUACCCAUAUAUUUAGCAAAUUGAAUGGCCAAAACAUUUGACUCCAGUGAGGGCUCAAGUUAGAUCCCUAUAGAAAGAGGACACUUCAUCUUACUUAAGUCAUAGUUAAGAUCUGUGAUACGAACCAUAGAUAUUGCCUGACAAAGCAGAAAUCACCAAGUUUCCCCCUUUUGAAUUACCACCAAGAAGUGUUGAAACACCAAAUAGAUAUCAUGUUAUUUUGGGCAUUUGCAGUUUUCUUCCCUGCUGCAUGUAAUGUCUCAGAAUCAACAUUCUUUUAAAAUCUAGACUAUAUUUUGAGGCAGUGAAUUACUUAUAUUCAACUUAGGCUUGUUUUGACAUUCAGUAGAACUUUAAGUUCAAUCUAAAGGCUUCAGUCCACAUUUUUUUAUGCGUUGUAUUUUAAAAACGUUUGAAAGGAGUGUUAUACCUGUAUCAUGAAAACUGAAUCCUUUUGAAAUACCACUAUAUGAAGAGAGAGAUGAAAUUUAGUGAACAGAAUUGAAAAGGUGCUUAUAAUUUCACUAUGCCAACUUACCCCAGUCUCUAAAAAAGUAAUUUACAUUUAAAGUUCUUUGAUGUAUUUGAUUUUCUAAAUCUUUAUGGUUAUGAUUUGGAAUAAAAUGUGCCUAAUCCUGUAUUACAUUCUGUUCUUAAAUCUGAAUGCCUUCUCAUUUAAUUCUGAAGAAAUAUCACACAAGUGUCUUCAUUGAUCUUGAAGAAAUGUAUACACAGUUGCCUUAUAAAACAACAUAAAUUUAGACCAUAACUUUUAUAGAGAAAGGGUUUUGUCAAAUGUUUUCUGAAAAUCUGAAUAAUUCAAAGCAUGCCUCUGCCCCUUUAAUAUUUUUAAUAACCUGCAUUGUUGCUGUCUGCCAAAUAUUAAAUUGAAAUCUUCAUUUCAAUUUUAUUAUCUGGAAAGGGCACUGGAUUGCUCUGCAACCAAAGAAAGCAAUAUGGAAUGAAAAAAAUCAUUCACUUUUGUCUUAUUUUCUUUUAAGGUGUAUUGGCAUGUAAUUUGCAUAGAGAAGGUCCUCUGGUUAGUCUCUCAAAUUGAGGCUGUUUAGGGAAAUCCUUAUUCAGUUGGUGGCAGUGGUUGGUUUAAAGUAGAAGGAAAUAAGAUCGCCUUAAUACCAGAAAUGAUUAGAAGUGCUGAUUUAGAUUCAACAAAUACCAUAUGUCCUUAUCAUUUUUUGUAAGAAGAAAUUGGUUAAGUCCUAACUUUCAAUGUGUACCCAAAUACUUGUAUUUAUGCUUUUGAUAAAAUGUAUUUUCAGCAUUAUUACACAUCCGAUUAUGCCUUAUUUAUAUAUGAAGAAUAAAGUUACCAUGUUAUACUGUUAUGUCCUAAAAUUCAAAUCACUAUUUGAGAAACCCUCAAAUUGGUGCUUUCAUUAUAUAAUGAUACAUUUAGACAAAACCCCAAACUAAGCCAUUUGAAACAAGAUUCUCUCCAUUGCAAUUUGUAGCAAUGUUAUUUCUGUGUAUGUCAUGAGAAGGCUAAAUAUCAGUGUUAAUUUCUUGUUUGAAUCCGUGAAAUCAUGCCUGUAAAGCCCAAACAUUUGUAACAAACUCCCUAAUAAAUUUAGAGAAAGUCA